AUUCCAUCGUUAAGUAAUAAAGAAAGGCCCGCUGGAGAAAAAGGAGAGAAUCGGAUGCUUAAACUAUUGUUAGUUGCCUAAUGGGCUUUCUUCACUUUUCUUCUUCUUUAUAAUCUCACAAUUCGUCUUCUCUCAUUUACACACCCAACCAACUUUAAUCUCUCUCUCACACACACACAAAGAAAUGGCCGAUCAGCUCACCGAUGAUCAGAUCUCCGAGUUUAAAGAAGCUUUCAGCCUCUUCGACAAGGACGGAGAUGGUUGCAUCACAACAAAAGAGUUAGGCACAGUGAUGAGGUCACUCGGACAGAACCCGACAGAAGCAGAGCUUCAAGACAUGAUCAACGAAGUGGACGCCGACGGGAACGGAACCAUAGACUUCCCCGAGUUUCUCAACCUGAUGGCUCGUAAGAUGAAGGACACGGACUCGGAGGAAGAGCUCAAGGAGGCGUUCAGGGUUUUCGACAAGGACCAGAACGGUUUCAUCUCCGCUGCGGAGCUGAGGCACGUGAUGACCAAUUUGGGGGAGAAGUUGACUGAUGAAGAGGUGGAUGAGAUGAUCAGAGAAGCUGACGUUGAUGGAGAUGGUCAGAUCAAUUAUGAAGAGUUUGUCAAAGUUAUGAUGGCAAAGAGAAGACGUAAGAGUAUGGCGGGGAAACCUAGCAGCAGUACUGAACGCAAAGAAGAGAGACGUCGCCGUAAAAGUCAUUGCCGUAUUCUCUGAUCGCCCGGAUUUCAAUCCCCCGCUCUUCAUUUGCUUCGUGUGUAGAGAAAUAAGAGAUUUGAACCUCUCAACCCAAUAAAAAAAUUCUAAAUAUAUCAUUGAAUGAAUUAUAUGUUUAGUUUUUAACAAUAUCAUGGUGGUUUCAAAUAUCAUGUCGCUUUGGUUGAACAUUCGUAACGACCAUCGAAAGUCCUCGAAAUGAUAUUAAAUAAAUCUAAAUAUAUUUUUCUAAA